AAGUGACAUUUUUAUCUGUGAAGUUAAGUUUAUUGGUAAACGAAGAGUGUGUGUGCCCGUUUUUUCGUUAUUGCUGCAUUAAAUAGUGUAAAAAUUGUGCUGUCACGUAUAAUAGACCAAGUUCAUUAAAAUGGAGUCGACAAUGACCACUGAACCGAAAGUAACUCUCUACACUUUCACCUGGAAAAUAUCUCGAUUUGACAUUAUAUGUCCGGAAAAAUGUUUGAAAUUCGAUAAGUUAUCGAGUGGACUUUUUACGGUAAAAGGAGACGAGGGAACGGAAUCAAAAUGGUCUGUCACUAUCAGAGGCUCAUCUGAAAAUCUUCACCUGUUUCUGGAUUAUAAAUGUGCCAAAAAUGCGGAUGGAACAGAUCAUUCUGAAAGUGUACGCUGUGAGUUCACUAUGAGCAUCGGCAGCGACGAGAAAAAUAGGAUUGCGAAGACAACGGAACAUACCUUCACUAAAGAUGCAUAUGACUGGGGAUGGAGCAGUUUCUUGGGAAUUAAAGAACUUUAUCAAAAAAGGGAAACGCUAUUAGAAAACAACACACUUCACGUUUGCGUUCGCAUGCGAAUCUAUGGGAAACACUCUACUACCGUCACAUUGCUGGUACAGCCCGAUGAAACUGUAAAUACUUUAGAGGUCUUGUCGGUUGAAUUGGGAGAACUGUUCAACAAUAAGAAGAACUCCGACGUCGAAAUUAUGUGCGGCAAUGAAACAUUCUACGCUCACAAGCUAAUUCUGUCUGCCCGCAGCAAAGUUUUCAGUGCCAUGCUCGAUUCCCAUAUGCUAGAAACGGUCACCAGUAAAAUUAUCCUGAACGACAUCGAUGCAACCGUAUUCCAUGCAAUACUGUCGUAUAUUUAUACGGGAAAGGUCGACGUAAACGACACCAUUUCUUGUACUGAGCUGAUCUACGCGGCGGAGAAAUACGAUCUAUCGGAACUCAAACAGUACUACUUUGAACAAAUGUGUAAAGGUGUAACUGUCAAAACAAUCGGAAACCUUGCAGUCGCCGCAGAAAUUUACAAUUCAGACGAGAAAACUAAACAGUCCAUUAAAGAGUACUGCCAAAGAAACAUAGCUGCGCUAAUAAAGGAUCCGGCAAUAAAAAAUCUGAUGAUAUCGCACCCGAAGGCAUUCUUCUGAAGUAGCGUAUUAGACAUGUAUACGAUCGUAAACCGAAUAGUUUUGAUUCAUCGCACAGCAUUUUAUGGUAAUAUAACUGGUAAAUUGCUUCUCCAGGU